GGCCGUUACCAAGUUUUCUAAUGUUGCUCCCCCCUGUGUGUGCGCGUGCGUGUGAGUGUGUUUGUAGUUCACUUUGGGACCGUUAGAGGGACGUGUGAACCAUUUCCAUGACAACUGUAAAGCUGGCGGUAAACAGUGGUUAGUUGUUUACCGUGUAAGACAAAAAAGCCCACAGCUAUCAAUUUGGGGAUUUAAAAAAAAAAAAUGGAGACAGUGUGUCUCGAUAACUCAGCUUUAAAGGCAGUGGAUGACUACUGUGAGUACAGAAGGAUUGUAGGUGAUGAUGAUGGAGGAAAACUGUUCACUCCAGAGCAAUAUGAGGAGUACAAGAGGAAGGUCCUCCCCCUACGACUGAACAACAGGCUGUAUGUGAGCUAUGGGGUACCAGGGGGUAUCGACUGCAAACUCAUUGGCCCUGAGACACAGUGCUUCUGUACUCAUAGGUACAAGCAGCACAAGACUGACUUUGAAGUGGUUCCCUCUGAGCGACCCCUCGCUCUACCAUGCCAGGUCAGAGGAUGUCAUUGUCCUGCCUACCAGUUUAUUCCCCAAAUUGGCCCGAACCCUGUCCGCUGCAGGUGUAAACACUUACCUCAGGAACACAGUGAAGCUACUGGCCACUUGUGCAAAAAGUGCACUUUCUGUUCUGGGUUCCAAAGCUCCUACGCCUGUGGGUGUGGCCAGCCCAGCUCUGUCCACCAGACCCUGGUUGAGACAAAGCUAGAGAGGGAGGCACGUGGUCGGCCCAUAGGCAGGGAUGUCCCUUAUGCGGCCAUGGGGGGGCUGACGGGGUUCAGCUCCUUGUUGGAUGGUUACCUCGCUUUGGAAGCCGGUGGAUCAGAUCAAGACAGAGAAGAUGGCUGCCAGCAGAGAUGCUCAGCGUCAAGGAUCAAAGAAGCCUCUACUAAAACAGCUCUUAUUCACUGUAAGAGAGAGACCAACAAACAGUGAAAUACAACAUUCUUCUUGUUCAUCUGUCAAACCAUCCAUUAAAUAUUGGACAAUUCAGAUUUAUCUAAUAAAUCAUACAAAUCUUUUGAUCUGUAACCUUUAAUCUUAUCCAAAGCUUAAGAGUAUUUUCAUUGUUUCACAGCUAAACUUUUUUUCAGUGAAGUGGCUGUCUUUGUCAGAGUCGUGACACUGUGGUAUAAUCAACUGUCAGCAACAGUAGUGAUUAAUCCCACCAAACAACAGAACCAUUAACUGACAAUAUAUUGAUCCAAUCAGAGGUUUGAGUGUGGGGAGCCAUUGGCAACAUUACUAUGUUGAUCCAGAUUACCAAAUUUGAUGCAGUUUAUUUGUCUUUUAAGACAUAACCUGAACCAAUCACAGUUUGACAGACCCUGAAUACACUUAAAUACAUACUCAAGAUUAAAAAUGGUGUAUUUAACACAU